AUCAGUACUAAAGUUUGAGAACCAUUGACUUAGACCCUCUCUGCAAGCUUCCUCCCCUCCACCUGCAGAGCCUGCUUCCCCCCCCCCGCCCAUUCCCUGGGGGGCUCUUUCCAGAUGGAACUUUAGCAAAGAUGGGGAAAACCCUAAAUUAGGACAAAUGGUGGGAGGUGUAAGGCAGCCCAGCUGUGCGCCCCUGGGAGCAGCCUCCAUGGCAGGGUGUGAGAGCUGGUCCCUCUGUAAUCUGUCCUGGAGCAUCACUGCUGUGGUGAGAAUGCAGAGCCCAGGAAUCUUGGGGAACUGGUUUUACACAUUCUGUCUGUGCAAAGUGGAUGGAGCAAGGGGGAUGAAACUCCACCCACUGCAGAGGCAUAUAACUUCUCCGAAUGGUCCAGCCGUGGAGCAUUGCACCUCCGCUUCCAGGGACACCAGUCAGCUCUGUCUGGGCUUGUGCAAGGCAGAGAGCAGGGAGUGAUGGCUUCUAUGGGGCUUCAGGUGCUGGGCAUUGCCCUCUCUGUCAUUGGCUGGCUGGGCACCAUCCUGUGCUGUGGGCUCCCCAUGUGGAGGGUGACGGCCUUCAUCGGGAACAACAUUGUGGUGGCUCAGAUCAUCUGGGAGGGGCUGUGGAUGAACUGCGUGGUGCAGAGCACGGGCCAGAUGCAGUGCAAGGUCUACGACUCCAUGCUGGCGCUGCCCCAGGACCUGCAGGCGGCUCGUGCCUUGGUGGUGAUCGCCAUCGUGCUGGCCGUGCUCGGCCUCCUCCUGGCCAUCAUUGGAGGGAAAUGCACCAACUGUGUGGAGGACGCUUCUGCCAAAGCCAAAGUCAUGAUCGUCUCUGGAAUCAUCUUCAUCAUUGCUGGCAUCAUGAUCCUCAUUCCCGUCUCCUGGUCAGCCAACAACAUCAUCCGGGAUUUCUACAACCCUAUGGUCACCGAGGCGCAGAAGAGAGAGCUGGGGGCCUCCCUGUACAUCGGCUGGGCGGCAUCUGCUCUCCUGCUCAUCGGGGGGGCCCUUCUCUGCUGCAGCUGCCCCCCCCGGAAUGAGAAACCCUACUCUGCCAAGUACACGGCUGCUCGCUCGGUGCCGGCCAGUAACUACGUCUAGGGACUGUGUGUGCUCUGUGCCUCCCCCACCCUGGGGGCCACCCCGCCCACCCCAACAAGACAAUCAAGGAGCUGCCAUCCUGUCCAGAUCCCGCCCACUGCUCUGCUUGUACCUUGUGCUUCUGCCUGAGCCCAGCUCUCCCCCCUGUGGCCCUGGACCUGAUGGCUGAACACAGACAGAAGCUGGCAAGGAGCUUCCCUAAGGAGAAGACUGUGGCCUUUUCGUGAGCGGGGCCCUUUGCAGAGCGGCUCGGCCUCCUGAGAGCAGAAGCUCCCGGUGCCAGGGCUGGCUGGCUGCUCAGACACGCCCUCAGCAGAUCCCUGGCUGACAGGUGCACAGGCCCCAGUGCUAAGAAUCUGCCACUGCAGCUUGUUUGUGCCAGUGCCAGAGAGCUCCUGGCAUUCCCCAAGGUCACCGAGCGAAGCCAGCCUGGGCUUGGACCUGGCUGCCAGUCGGGCUCUGCUGGGCAUCUCCCCAAGGCCUGGCUAGCUCCGGCAUUGUCAGCCAGCCCCC